AUGCUUGAGAACCCCAGCGACGAAAGCGUGGUGCGCUGGGGAAACGACGGCGACAGCUUUGUCGUCCUGGAAAAUGAAAAAUUCACAAAGCACAUCCUCCCCAAGCACUUCAAGCACAGCAAUUUUGCCAGUUUUGUCCGCCAGCUCAACAAGUACGAUUUCCACAAAGUGCGCCACAACAAUGAAGAAAACGGCCAGUCGCCCUAUGGCCCUGGGGUAUGUUCUUGCCCUCGCUCGCUGCAACCGCUGCAACCGCUGCUCGCUGAGUGGACGAGAUCUGGGCCUUCAGGUGUAAGAGGCAGGGAGACAUGGGCACCGCUCGUGGCUUCUGAGCUAAACGGGCCUAAAGCAGGUUAA